AUGACUUAUUCUUCGUUGGAAAUACCCAAUGGGUUACUGCAAGAUCACGUCCAGUCACAAGGGCCGCAUGAAGCCAUUCCGUGGUUGGAGCUAUUCUCGCAACAUGAAUCAAAUGUAAAUACUCAUCUUGAGCUUUGUUCGAAAAUUCGCCACCAGAUACCACCGUCGACAGUUUCUUUUCACGCUAUCUCGGCAAUGGUAAAUCAAAGCCAGCGAUUUAUGGAGGAGAUUAAGAAAAUCAGGCAUGAAUUUAGUACAACAAGGCCGGUAACCAGAUCAAAAAGCUCAAGGCAGACAGGCGCUGCAACCAAAGACGUGAUGAAUAGUGUUGCAGGAUUUAAACCAUGCACAAAUAGAGAAUCAUGGAAACCUGCAUUCGAUACUGAUCCAACGCCAUCUACCACUACUCAGACUUCCCGCAGAAAACGGCGUCGAAAUUCAGGCGACUCCUUAGUUUCUGCCAGUAAUAAGGCUGAAGAAAGAACUAUUAUUAAGAAACCGAAAAGCUUGGACAACCCUCCCGCUAAGGAGGAUGUUUCUGUUCCAUCAGAUUUUAUACCCUCAGUCGAGCUUGAAGAUAUAUCCAAAGAAGUUGAAGCGCGGUUAAAGCUCAGGGAAGAAACUCGACGAAAGAAACGAGAGAGGCAACGAAAGCGGAAAAGGGAGAGUAUUGAGUCAUCGAGUCUUGAAAGUAGAACAAAAAAAGCGAAGAAUAGCUGA